AUGGUUACUCCUCUAGCUAAUAUGCCUUAUGAAGAACAACUCGAAUUUAAAUUUAAUUUGUCACAUGACAUAAUGCUUUAUGUAAUCAGAAAAUUGAAUUAUGCUAAUGUUUAUGAUACUUUUUGUUAUAAUGUUUUACAAAAGGAAGAAUAUAAAUAG